GGCUCUUUACAACCCUAAUUACCAUUCAUCUCCUGGUGAAAACAAGAAAGGAAGAAAAUAACCAUUCAAUGUUGGAACAAAUGCAUUAACUACUAGUUCUCAGGCACCUUAUUCGACACCUGUCCUUGACCCACCUCACUCUAGCUUCAAAGAUAGAUUUGUGACUGUAGGAACCCAAAGAGGCUUAUAUCAUUCUCCUGUCUUCCAUUUUGUCCUCACAACAACCCUAUGAGCCCCGAGAGUCGGCGGAAAGUUGAGAGUGCUUUUCGGGGGAGAGGGGUCCAUCCGCGGAGUGUAACACAGACCGCCAGGAAAUGAGUAAACUAGAAAGUGCUCGUACGAAGUGUCGCAGCUAAAACCCAGGCGGGAAGGAUGCGGCUAAGAAAAAAAGGAAGAAUCUCCAACUGAACUCUCAUGAUCUGCGACGGAGGGGGAGAGCAACGGGACCUGAGUUAACUGUUUACUCCCACAAAGAAGUUUGUUGCAGGACGCAGACGGAGCUUUGCCAUGCCAGCAGGAAUCUUCAGGGUAUGCUUUGUGGUGAUUGCAGCUAUUGUCAACCAUCCACUCCUCUUCCCCAAGGAGAAUGUUACAAUCCCUGAAAACACAGAGGAGAUCAUCCAGAAAAUGAAAGAGCGGGAGGAGAGCCUGAGGCUAGAACGGCUUAAACUGGAGCAGGAGACGAUGGUGCAGGAGACUUUAACCAAGUUUUCAGAAAAGGUCACACAGCCAGAAGAGCAGUACACCCAUGAUCCACUCUCUUGGAACUUCUGGACUGCUCUAUCCUUGGUAGUUUUCCUGCUGAUUGAACUGUGGAGGCAGGACUACCAAGAAGGGACAUGGCAAGACUACAGCAUUGAGGAAGAUGAAAAUGCAGUUCUGGGAAAGGCAUUCAGAGGUGUUGUCCUACCAGAUAAAGUCACAUUGGCUAAUUUCUAUGAAAGAUGCAUCCACAGUGUGACUAGUGAAAUUGCUAGGAACAGAGAGCUUGUGGAAGGAUUUGCAGAUGAUUUGCUAGAGGCUCUAAGGAGUGUAUGUAACAGGGAUGCAGACAUGGAAGUAGAGGAAUCCAUAGGAGUUGGGAGCAUGUAUGAAAACUGGAGAGUUCAAAAACCCCUGGCCUGUGACUUUAUUGUCCCUUUUUCUCCUCCAGAGCCAUACCGUUUCAAAUUAGAGACGUGGCUUUCAGGGGAAUCUGUUCCACCAGACAGACAAGGUUAUGGUAUGAUAAAGAUCUGCUGGGCAGAUGAGAACUCAACAGGCUGUAUCUGUGACAAGACAAAGCUGGGGGAAGACCUAUUGUGUCUCCUUCAUAGCAAAAUGAACCAGGCUAGACACAAUAACCAUAUGGAGGACUUGCUUUGCUACAAAGACUCUCGAUACCUUGAUGGUGACCAGGUUAUGACAUGGUUCCAGGUUGCACUUACCAAGGCAUGGAACAAGAUUUCACACAAGUAUGAAUUCAAUCUCACUUUCAGUCUCCUAGACUCUCCUGGUGCUCUAAAAAUAAAGUUCAGGUCUGGAAAGACCAUUGCAUUCAACCUUACCCCUGUGGUCCAAUUUGUUGAUUCUGAUGUAUACUUUAUCUCCCAUUUCCCAUGCAGUGGCCUGGCAGAGAGUUCCACAUCCAGUAUUCACUGGUUUCUCACAUUUGCAGUGUAUGAGAAAAGGUACAUUCAGUUCGUUUCAAAAAUUCUGCCUGCCAGCUCCUGCCACCUUAGCUGUCUCCAGAUACUCUCCUUCCUUCAUGGAAAGCAGUGCAGUCUAACAGGUCCAAGCAGUCUUACAAACUACCAUUUGAAAACAGUGAUGCUGCAUUUGCUACAGACCCAUCCCAGUUCAAACUGGGCUUCUGACUUCCUGGAGGCCAGGUUGCAAGACAUGCUCAAAUUUUUGGAGAAAAGCUUGCAAGAAAAGAGGCUUUACCAUUUUUUCAUUGGAAACAGGAAUCUGCCAGAGGAACUGGGCAUUCCAGUGAUGUUUCAGAAGGUGGAACCUAUGAACCUUUUUCGUCCCUUCGUAUUGCAACGAAGUGCUUACAGAAAAGCAAUGGACACAUUUCACGAGAUGCUGAGAAAUACAGUUGCUUUAAUAAAUGAGUACACUGUGCAUGUCCCCAUGGGAAGGGCAACUCCACUAAACAAGGAACCACUGUAGUAAGUGGUUGUUCUUGGCCCCAAAUCUUUGAAAACUACAACACAAGCAGAUCUCCCCACUUAAUGAAAGACUGAUACUAGAAAGAGGGGGGGGGGGGUGUUGGUCUGCAAAUGAUUCCAAAGAUUCAAAAGUGCAUGAGCACCAUCUGUCUAUUCUACCAGUAUUGCUGGAUGAUGUAAUGCAGCUUUGAAUGUUUAUGAAUAGAAUGUUUGCAGGGAUAGUAAGAAACAAGACAGAAGCCUUUAAUUUAUUCUAUCUGCUUGGGCAUUGGCUAGAAGGUAUGUGCUUUGUUUAAGGUAGGGGGUCAUGGCAUCUCUGCAAAAAGACUCCUUUCCCAAUAGUAGCAGCCUGGAACAAACAUUGUUGGGACAAACAUUGUUUUGAUUGUUGGGACAAACAUUGUUUUUAUGUUGUUGACAGACAGGUUUCAAGUUUAUACUUUGCAAAUGAACCUUCUUUGUAUGAGUUUGUGGGGGAAUUCUUUAAAUGAAUGACAAAGUGUUACAAGAGUGCUACCUCACUAUCUGUAGUAGUCUAUAAAAAGAAAGAGCCAGAGUAGUGUAGUGAAGAGUAGUAGACUUUAAUUUGGAGGUCUGGGUUUGACUCCCCACUCCUCCAUGUGAAACCUGUUGAGUGACCUUGGGCCAGCACAGUUCUCUCAGAAGGUGCCUGUUGUGGGAAGAAGAAGGGAAGGCAAUUAACUAUAGGCUGCUUUGAGACGCUAUGAAGUAGAGAAAAGCAGGAUAUAAAAAUGUAUGCUGCUGCUUCCAUGUACUGUUGCACUCAAAAUCCCUGAAAUACAGCUGUAAUUCCUAUUGAUCUUUAAUUACCUAUUAAUCUAUAGGGAUAAUUCCAAAAACCAACCAGUGAUGCAUCAUACCAGAAUGGACUCAAGCAUGUUUUUUCUGCCUGUUAUAAAUUUUUACUUCUUUCAAAACUGAGCUCAGUCUGAGGUGGUAGAAGAGAGCUGGUGGGGGGGUGGGGGAUAAUUAAUAACAAAGCCCAUCUAACACUAAACAUUCCCUGCAAAUAGAAGUAGCACAACAGUAGUAAGUAGUUCUCUACUUGCAGUUUUAAAAACAGUCAGAAGUAAUACAGUCCACAUUCUGACAUCUCACUGCCCUUUUUUUUUUUACCUCAUCCUGCUUCUUGACUAAAAUAUCUUUUCAGGUUUCUUUUAAGCAACUUUGUGUUGCUUAUGUCUUUUAAAAAGAAACUGGGUAGAGGCAAAACUCUUCCUUGGCACAAAGAACUACCUGGCUAUAUACUAAAAAAGCAGGAGUGGCAUAAAGCAUUCACUAGUCUGCUUCCAGACUGCAGAAUUUGCAAUGUACUUCCCAUCCUGCAGCCUAUUUUUACAUGCUAGUUUUACAGGCAGAUCACAGGAGAAAAACAAACAGUGUUUCAUAUUUCCUGAGAGGGUCUAAAUUUAGUGUGCUGAAAGCACCAGAAUGUGUGCCCCAGGUUCCACAAGGAAUAACAUCCUGGACAGGGAGGCAAAAGUUCAUGUUUGGUGUAAUCAGAGGAAAGGGGGCAAAAUAAAACAAUUGUAUAUUUUUAAAGAUUACCGUACUUUGUAUUAAGGCAUAGUUGCAGCUCCGUUUUUAAAAAGCCAGUACAACUAUUUGUCUGAUGUGAUUCUCAGCCUCUUGCUGAAUUUUUAUUAGUAUGCAGAGCCAAGACAUCCUUAAAUGGCAGUGGCAGUGGGCAGGGGUAAUACAUGCUAACAUUCUUUGUCUCUACUGCCUGGGCUGCAGCAUUUGCCGCUGUUUCUUCAGUAUAGCUCAAAUACUUGCUUUGCCACUUCCUGUUUUGACAGGAAGUGCUUAUUGCCGGAAAACAGAAAAGAGUUUAUAUUACUAUUGUAGGAUAAUGUAUGUUGAAUUGCUUUUUUUAAAAACAUACUUGAAGCAAUGGUCUUUUAAAAUGAAAAUCAAAUUCACAUGGGAACUAAAAAUACCUUCACUGCACAGGAGACUUAGAUGCAGUAAGCAA